CCGGAGGGGGCGGGGCCUGCGGUUCGGCGGGAGGGGCGAGCUGCCUCUUAGCGUCCGGCCUCUUUCUCCCCGGGGCUCUGCGGUGGGAUGGAGGAGGCUCUGCGGCGCGAGCUGGGCACUUCGGCGCUCCGGCCUACGGGCCACUCGGGGGGCGGCUGCAUUAGCCACGGCGAGAGUUACCACACCGACCACGGGCGUGUCUUCGUGAAAAGCAACUCCCGCGCAGAGGCAAGGAGAAUGUUUGAUGGAGAAAUGGCAAGUUUAACAGCUAUCCUGCAAACGAAGACUGUGAAAGUUCCUAAACCUAUAAAAGUUAUCGAUCUGCCAGCCGGUGGUACUCUGUUUGUGAUGGAGCAUUUGGAUAUGAGGGGUUUGAACAGACAUGCAGAAAAACUUGGAACACAGUUGGCUGAUCUUCAUCUUCACAAUCAAAAGCUUGGGGAGAAGCUGAAGAAAGAUGCAAACACUGUUGGUAAAGGUGAAGAACAAACUGGGGUCCAGUUUGUGGAUAAAUUUGGGUUCCACACUGUUACAUGUUGUGGCUAUCUUCCACAGGUGAAUGACUGGCAACAGGAUUGGGUGACUUUCUUUGCCAGGCAACGAAUUCAACCUCAGAUGGACAUGAUUGAGAAGAACUCUGGAGACAGGGAAGCAAGAGAACUUUGGGCAAAACUCCAGCUGAAGAUGCCCAGUUUGUUUGGCGAUAUGGAAAUAGUUCCUGCUCUUCUACAUGGGGAUCUGUGGGGAGGAAAUGUAGCUGAAGAGGACUCUGGGCCAGUUAUCUUUGACCCUGCAGCUUUCUAUGGUCACUCUGAGUAUGAGUUAGCAAUUGCUGGGAUGUUUGGUGGCUUCAGUGGUUCAUUUUAUUCUGCCUACCACAGCAAAAUCCCCAAAGCACCAGGGUUUGAUAAACGGCUCAAGCUGUACCAGCUAUUUCACUAUAUGAACCAUUGGAAUCAUUUUGGUGGAGGGUACAGAGGUUCAUCUAUCAAUAUAAUGAGGAAUUUGGUCAACUGAAUUCAUACCUGUAGCUUUUAUUUCCCUGUUUUGGAAAAUAUAUACACAUAUACACACACCAUGGGGUUUCAGCUGUGCUAAUGUGUAUAUGCUGUAAUAGAACCUGAGCUUGCACCCUCUUUCCACAGCUAAAGGCCAAGUCAUCUUGUGCCCUAGGUUUGGUGUCCUAUUCUUGCAGUUUAUCAGAGAGCUGCCCAAGGAGGAAACAAACCUUUGAUUUGCACAAAAGAGGUUUUGUUUUGAGGUGGUUCCAUAGAUCCAGGGGGAAAUUCCUGCUGUGCAAAUAGUUUGGAAUAAAUUUUUAAUGCCAAAGAGAGGGAGAAAUCCAAGCAGGGCAUUAGAACAGGUAACAACCUGCUAGCUAUGUUCAUACAUAUACAUUCAAAAGAAAAUUUACAGUCUUAGUGAAUGGAAAGAUUUUUCUUGUCAUCCUACUUAGCUUUCAACCUAGUAUUUUGAUGACAGAUACCAAAGGAAUAUAGCAGUUGUGUUCUAAAUAGAACUAGAAUUGGAAAUAGAUUUGGAAGCAUAUAUUGAGUCUCUGGGGACUUCAUUCCAUGUGGGAAGAUAGAGGGUUGCAGUCUAGGUGCGGUCCCCCGUCCCCCCCGUUAGCAUUGCAAUUUUGUCUUAGUACAUCUGUAGCAAUUGGACUGAACAGUCUGUAUGGACCACAGUUUAUGGUAACCUGCUUCCUUGCCAUUAAGUUUCAUCUAUCAGCCUCCAGCUAUAAUCCAUUGCUAGCCAGCAUGAUCUUGCCUCCCUGAAUAGUCUGCUGACUUAUAAUGCGUUUCCAGUCCCUGGUGAACUAGCUGUGCGUUUAUAGGCAUAUAUAGCUGUCUCAAACUUAGUUUCUUAUGGCAGCUUGCUAGACUCUCUGCCUUUUAAUUCAUUCCUUAAGAGUUUCCUAUGCUCCUCCUGACAAUUGGUAAAAUGAAGUGAAAUGCCUUCUGGCAUAUAGUAUGCAGUAAAAAUGCAUUCUCAUUAAAGUGUUUCCCCUUACCCAAUGGUUUGGGAAUGUGACACACACUUUGAGGAAGGCAUCAUAACACUUAGGCUGUUCUCCAUUUUAGGACCACAUUUUCGUGUAGGAUUGCCAACUCCUUUUCCAAAAAGGCUCUCAUGAUUUAAGUGUAAAAUGACAGGCAAAAAGAUGGUGCGUCUUUCCUCAGUGCAGCAUCUUCCUGCUGGGAAAAGAUUGCUUGUUGAUCUUUUACGUGUCCUACAGUUGUUAAGGCACAAGAACCUAGCCAGAAAAAA